AAUGCUAUUCCUGAACUUUGCAGAAGUACUCUAAAGCUGUGAGCACUUCUCUCCUUUACUGCAAUGAAGACUGUUGUGUUCACUUUUCUGGUUGUAGCUGUGGUUUGCAGCACAGGUGAUAAAAUCAUUGGAGGUUAUGAAUGUCCGCCCCACUCCCAGCCCUGGCAAGCGUACCUUACGAAUGGACGUACCAUGUGUGGAGGAUCUUUGAUUGAUGAAAGAUGGGUUGUGUCUGCAGCUCACUGCAAGUUCUCACCUCGUUAUCUCAAAGUUCGCUUGGGAAAGCACAAGGUGUCUAUUCCUGAAGACACCGAGCAGCUGAUCAAUGCAGAGAAGGUGAUUCGUCACCCAAACUAUAAUGAUAAGCCUCAUAACAAUGAUAUCAUGCUGAUCAAGCUGAGCAAGACUGCCCUCUUCAACAAGUAUGUGAAGCCGAUCCGUCUGGCAACCAACUGCUCUUCUGCAGGGGAACAGUGCUUGGUUUCUGGAUGGGGCAAAACUGGAGGUCAAUCUGCUUCCCUGCAGUGUUUGAAUCUGCCUGUACUCUCAAAUGCGCAGUGUAAGGGAGCAUAUGGUCCAGCAAGAAUAACUAGAAACAUGUUCUGCGCCGGAUUCAUGGCGGGAGGCAAAGACUCGUGUCAGGGGGAUUCUGGUGGCCCUGUGGUGUGCAAGGGGAAACUGAAAGGUGUUGUUUCCUGGGGUAGAGGCUGUGCUCAACCAGGCUUUCCUGGGGUUUAUGUUGAGUUGUGUCGCUACACUGACUGGAUCAAAUCCAUCAUAGCUAAUAACUAGCUCUUUGUUCAUCCAGGGGUGCAUUUCCCAAAAGUAUUGUUAGCCAACUGGUUGCAGGUUCCUUCGUUAUCAGCAUAGUUCAACGAGUCGGUGUUUCCCGAAACAAGUUCCAACAAAAAAUCGCAAACAGGAUUGCAAAGUUGUACAUACACAAGUACACACCUAGGCUUGUUAGUCGCAACACGUAGGUGUGUACUUGUCACCAGUUUUUUAAAUGAUGAAAUACAGUCUUUUUUUAUCUUUUUCAACAUUAUUCAAGUUUCUUGGAAUAACGAUCUCUUACAUCCAAAGACCACCGAGACAAAGAAUUCACACCAGUCAUCACUUUUUUUUCCCAUUCUUUUCUUUGAUACAUAAUGUCACUUACGUCUUUUAGUUUGACAUGAGCUUUAAAGCAACAUUUUUGAAGAGGGUGCACGUGCAAACAUGCUCUAGUAACCUAAAAACAAGCCUAUGAUUGAAUCUGUAAAUAAAGACAAUAACUUGGUAAAAUUAGAAAUAGUCCUCAGAUGUCCGUAAUUUACAGCAAAACAUCAUUAAUUAGUAUUAAUUUGAUCACAAACAGCUUAAUUAAAAGUGUUUUUUACUCCACCGCCUGUGUGACAUCAUUAACCAAUUUGGCUCCAGUACAGUUUCUGGAAAAGUUGUGACUAGCUAGUUGAUUUCUUCAAUGAUGCAUUGUACUAUGGUAGUGAAGCAGCGAGUUAUGUCAUUGUACGGGAAACAAACCCUUGGUUGGGCCUUUACCUGAUCAUUUUCCUAAUAAUCUGCAAUAAAAUUCAGUUUGAAACUUC